AUGGAUCUCCUUAAGAAUCUCGCUGGUGGUGCCGACAACAAUGACCAACGCGGCCAGCAAUCAUAUGGCCAGCAGUCACAUGGCCAACAGCAGGAAUAUGGCCAGCAACAACAGCCAUACGAUCAGCAGCAGGGCCACUCUUCAUCUGGCUCAGGCUCCGGCUCCGGCCUCGGUGGUAUGAUCGGCGGAUUGAUGGGUGGUGGCAGCCCAAAGCAGUCGCAGCAGCAUCAACCUCCCUCGUCGUACGGCCACCAAGAUCAGUCGUACGGCCAGCAAGGCGGGUCGUACGGCCAACAGGGCCAGCAGUCAUACGGCCAGCAGCAAGGUCAUUCCUCCUCGGGUUCUGGCUCUGGUUCAGGCCUCGGCGGCAUGAUCGGAGGACUGAUGGGCGGUAGCGCCAAGCCCCAACAGCAGCAACAAUCAUCUUACGGCCAGCAGCAAGGACACUCUUCAUCCGGCUCUGGCUCUGGCUCUGGCUUGGGUGGCAUGAUCGGUGGAUUGAUGGGUGGUAGCAAGCCUCAGCAGCAGCAGCAGCAGCAAAGCUCCGGCGGUUGGGGCGACAAGCUCCACGGCAUGAUUGGUGGUGGCCCAGAGUCAGAAAAGAAGGAAGACACCGUUGAUAAGGCUGUUGACCUUUUCCAGGAGCAUAUCCUCAAGCAGGGUCCUCAAAACAAUGAGAGCGCUUUCGAGCAAGCUAAGGAUGAGCAGAUUGGCAACUUCAUCCGAUCCCAGUACAAAAACUACACCGGCAAGGAUAUCUCUAAGAAAUAA